AUGUCUUCAAAGCACAAUUUCCCCGACCGUUUUGUACAACCUCCUACUUGUGUGGACAAACCGAUUGCGAAAAAAGACGCCACCGGCGUCAGAGUCGCGAUCAGGAUUGGCAGCAUUGAGGCUGAGGCUUCCCACGACGAGUCCAUGGACCGAGUUAAGCAACGGGAAGCGCCGCGCAGCAAAAAUGUCAAACUGGCCCAAUCAGUACGCGCAGCUGAGAAGGACUUCUGGCUAGAGUCGGAGCCACUGCACCGCGCCACAGCAGCGUCAUACCAGGUAUGGAAACAAAGUGGCACUUGCAGUUUGGGUGUGCAUUUUGCGUGGGCUGGGGAUUCACCAUGUUAA